UUGUGAGAAAAAAAAUCAAUGGAACCAAAUCAGCUGAUUGUCAAACUUUUGCUUUUUACGUAUUUCUAUUUCUAUUUCCACUGGAUAGGAGCUACGAGCUCUUCCAACUAUUUCUUUAGUUAAAUAUCUUUUAAAGAUGGUUUGAAAAAUCAACAACAUUACAAAAGUUAUAGGAUUUCCGUGUUAUUAACUGAAGUUCCAUAGUGCCAAGGUACAACAUGGAUCCUCAAGUCGCCAAGUACGUUAGAACCGAACGUAAACCUGGGCCAAUCGAUGUCCAUCCUAACUGUGAUGCAAUUAUCCUCAGCUACGACAUUGAGGUGCAAAUAUUGGGCCCAAACGAUAGUCCUCUACAUGGCGAAAAAAAAACAUUGAAGAAAACCAUCGAACUACCAAUGAUCAGUAGCAGAACAGAUUGCCUGGCAGUAGCAAAGGAAGUCGCUAAUCAGUGCAAUUUAAUCCAUCAUUCGCGCAUUUCGGAAGUAGAACAGGCUAUUUAUUAUCUCAAAAAAAGAAAGCUACACGGAGGUGCUAAAGGGGACCAUGAAAAAAAUGGUGAAGCAAAUAAUGCCACCGAAGCGAAUUACAAUAAUUUAAAUGAUUACAUUGAGCUUUUAUAUGAAGGUAUGUCAGAAAAGGUUAAAGGUGCGCAUCUAAUACAAUCUCUGGCACGAGAUGCAGAAAAUUUGGAAGCCCUUUCCAAAAACGAAACUUUAAUAAGCGCUUUAGGAAGAGUUCUGAGAGAAGAUUGGAAAAGAAGCAUUUCCUUAAGCACCCAUUUAGUAUUUACUUUUUUUUGUUUCUCAGUCUACUCACAAUUUCAUCAUAUAAUUUUGAAAUGCAAAGUUGGAUCUAUUUGCAUGGAGAUCAUCGAUUUUGAGCUCCGGAGAUAUGACAAAUGGAAGGCUGAAUUAGAAGGUGGUGAUGUACCUUCAGACAUGCCGCUAGUUAAGAAAACUUGUCCAAAUAGUGCCAGUAUGUCCGAGAUACCACGCAGUAGAAUUCCAGAACCUGUCCGUCCGAAAUCUGGACAUUUUGCUGACAUUACUAUCAAAGCAACAGAUUCUAAUAAAAGCUUAGAUGGAAGCGUAUACGAUGACUUAACUACUUCCAUGGAAAGUUUAGACGAUAAACGUCUUACUCCUGAGCAAAAAAUGAAGCGAUUCAGGACUUUAGUAAAGAAACAAGAGCACUUACUUCGUGUCGCUUAUUAUUUGCUGUUAAAUAUUGCAGAAGAUGAAAUUGUGGAAGAAAAAAUGUCGAAGAGAAAUAUUACUGGUUUGCUCAUCAAAGUUUUGGAAAGAAACAAUGAUGAGCUACUCAUUCUUAUUGUAACUUUUUUGAAAAAACUAUCAAUAAUGCAAUGCAAUAAAGAUACAAUGGCUAAUCACAAUAUUAUAGAAAAAUUACCAAAACUGUUGAAUUCAAGAAGUGCAGAUUUGGUUCAUUUAACACUUAAACUUUUAUUCAACUUGUCCUUUGACCAAAAACUAAGGACCAAAAUGAUUCGAAGUGGCAUUAUACCAAAGGUAAUUAAUUUUAUGGGAGAUGAAAGGCAUCAAGAAGUUGUUUUAAAGCUGCUUUAUCAUUUGAGCUACGAUGAAGACUCAAAACAUUACUUUGUGGAAUCAAUAGGCCUUAUUAUAGAUAUUUUCUUAUUAAACGUUGGCAAUGAAGGCGAUAAAAUAAUGACAGCACUUUGUGUGAAUCUGGCAGCUCAUGUCGAAAUAUCCCAACAACUGGUCAGAGAAAAUAGAUUACAAUCACUUAUAAUGAGAGCAUUCACCUAUGAGGAUAGUAUGCUAAUGAAACUCGUACACAAUAUAUCAAAUAACUUAUCUAUUUCGCCCUCAUUUAUUGAAUUUGUAGGAGAUAUUGCCAAGGCCGUUGUGAAAUCUAAAAAUUUGGAUUUCGUCACAGAAUGCAUUGGAAUCUUAAGCAACUUACAUUUGCCAGACUUGGAUUGGGCCGAGAUAUUUAAACAUUUCGGCAUGCAGGAUUGGAUCAAGAAAACUAUAACCACAAGCAAUACGGAACCCGAGUUGGUUUUGCAAGUAAUAGUUUUACUAGGCACGGCAGGAGCUGAUGAAAAUUGCGCUCAACUAAUGUGCGAAAGUGGAAUAAUUAUCGCACUUAUAGAUUUGCUUAAAACACAUCAGGAAGACGAUGAGAUAGUUUUACAAAUAGUAUUUGUGUUUUACGUAACUCUAUGGUUUGAAAACAGUAUUGAAUAUUUGAUAUCGAAAACAGAUGUCCCUGCUUAUUUAAUAGAUUUGCUUCAAGACAACAACAAAAAUAUACAGAAAAUAUGCAACAUGUGCUUAACCAUAAUCUCAGAACACGAUACUUCUUGGGCGGAUCGCAUAAGAAUCGAGAAAUUUAGACACCACAAUGCUCAGUGGUUGCAAAUGGUUGACUCGCAGCAAUUGGAACCUGAAGAAGAAGAGGACGAAGACGAACUUCCUCCAUAUUUAAAUACCGAGUAUCUGAGUCAAGCUGUUGUCCGGCCAGUUACUGCUAUUGGUAAAAUGCAAGACAUGGAAUUGCUAGAAGAUAAAGAGCUGGAUUAUGAUUAUUUCUCUACCACUAGGCCGGAUGACGAUCUUGAUUUGCUUGAAGAAUACGACAUGGAAGAUCUCUAGUUUAGUCUGUGAACGUUGCUAUUAAUCUAGUCAGUUUAUGUUACCCUCAUAUAAUAAUAAUAAGGGACAAUUAAAUUUAUAUAAAUACAGUUUGCUAUUUGGAAUGCUAGUUGAGGAAAAUAGGUACUAUUUUUUCAAUCAUUUAGAUUGUAACCAGCUUUUUUUAUAUCUGAGAAUCAUCCUUGACUAGUCAUAGAACAUUUCAUCUGGGUUAGUUAUUUUGGAUAAUAUAGUUGAUUCUGUUUUGCAAAGUUAUAACAGUAUUAUUUGCUGUAUAUUCACAUUAUUUCUCCAGUUUUCUGUAGAAAAUGUAUAAGUAAUUAUUUUGGGUUCCUUGCUAUAGGCCAUAUUUGUAUUGUAAAAGUCGUCCACUUAUUCUAGUCAAGCUAAAGUUAGAUCAUAGAAGUUAGAUCUAUUAAAUCUUUUCUUGUAAUAUUUUCACUGUUGAGUAAUUAUUACUUCCUAUACAUCUUUUGGUUAUUCGUGAAGUUAAGUCUAUUAUCAUUAUGGUACUACUAGGCAUUUCUAUAAUUAACCAAAAUAGUUGUUAGUUCCUACUUUAUAUAUCGGUAUCAAUGUUUUUUAAUUUUUGUUUUUCUUACUAAAAUAUUGAUUUUAGGUUAUUAUACGAUCACGGAAUGUGAAGCUUGUUUGAAUAUGUUUUUGUUAACUUUAUUUUGUUUAAAAUAUAAUUUUGAAAUGAUAAACAUUUUAUUGUUUAUUUUAAGUGGAGAGAAAUUAGCAAUCAUGGAUUGAAAAAUCAUUUGAUACAAGGCUGAUUUCUUUAUAAUUUUCAUUGGAAAUGAAAACACUGUAAAGGAAAACUGAGGACUCUGUUGCCUUUUUUUCUGGAACAAAUUUCAAUACAAGAAGAAUUAACAAAGUGUAAAACUAUUGAUUCUAUUCAUUAUAAAAGCGCCUGCAUUGCUAAAAUUUAUUGAACCUUGCCAUUUUUCUCAUUCUCAUAAUGAUAAACAAAAUUGUUAUUUUCCUAUUUAUAGGAUUGCAAGCGAAAAAUAACCUUACAUAGCCAACAUAAAAUACAUAAUUUAUAUUUAAAUAAAAUAUAGGUAAACAUCAAAUUUGUAAACUUAACAAGAAGAAAAAACACAGGUAUAUUUUUUUUUUGCAAAUAGUAAAAAAGGCUUGAAUUUUACAAAUAAUAAAAAGACGACUCCUGGUGGCCACCUGGCUGGAUCUCUUGUUAAAUCUUACAUUCUAAAUUUUAGAAAACAUAGAAUAGUAUUAUUACACAUAGGUAGUCCAAAAAUCAAUUAGUGGGCCUUCUUCAAGGUCCAUAGAAAAUACCUCAUCAUUUUUUGUCUAGUCUAGAGCAGUCUCUAAAGGUUUCCAUAAUAUUAUGUAACUUCACGCCCAAUUAAAGCAUUCAUUUCUUUUCUGGUAGUUUUUGAGAAGUAUUGCGAAUAACUUUUUCUUUAAUAUCUUUAAUACUUUUUUGCGACUCUUUUACUGACGAAACAAUACUAUUUUUCUUUUCUUUAAUGCCAUCUUUUGUCUCUUUUACGGUUUGUUGUAAUUGGUGCACGCUCUCUAUCAAAUUAUCUUUCUUUUCUUUCAUGCCCGUUUUUGUUUCAGCAUAAAUUUCCUUUAGUCGUUCUGUACUGGGCAUUGGUCGAAUGUAGCCCCAUUGCUUCAGAUAGUUGAUAGACAGGGUUGUACCGCCCAGAGUUACCGCAUACCUGGCAGGGGUUGCGAUUUUAUAUAGGGCGUAGGUUAUGGCGAAGUAGCCCAUGCUCGAAUUUCUCAUCGAGUUUACGAUUUUUUCAUUAAAAUUCAUGCUUUCGAGCAGAGAGGGGAUGUCGACGC